AUGUGGGGGAUGUUGCCCUGGCAAGUGACGACGACGGAAUAUCCCAUUGGCGGUGCUCUGGAGCCCCUGUCCAUCCCAAGACAACAGGGCGGGUCCUACCCCGCCACCGCGAACGGCGUCAUUGGGCGGCGACCUUUGGCCAUUCGUGAUGUCGGCGCCGACAAGGGGUCGUCCAGCUUGCGUGCGCUGGGGGCAGUGCCCUGUUUCGGCACUGCACAUACGGCCCCCGCCUCGUCAACGUUCCAGGGACCUGAGGGUCCUAACCGGCUGUGCCUCCUCCUUGGCUGGCACAGCAUCAUGCCCAGAGUUCCCCCUCCCGUAUUGAAUGUCCAGGAUACGGGUAGUGUUGAUGAUGAUCGUCCGUGAAUGUCUACCUAGGUACCGGCUGCCGUGGUCACUAGCAAGCGGGUAACAAAAUUAAAUUUGCACUAUCGAAGCAGAUACCGAGCUUUCGGGUGCAAUCGCUGCCGCGACCCCGAGCGAGAAAAUCCAAAAGAAAAUAUUUCCCGUAUUGGAUGCUACUGGAUAAGCAGCCGCAUUUUUCGACUUUUUUUUUAGAUUCGAUUUGAAGGUGUGGAUAUUUGAUGAAAACUGGGUGUAUUCCGAUAUUGUCCUGGUUUGGUGCUUCGGGUGUGAAUUCAAUUUUGCUACCCGCCUUACUGGGUACCACUAUAUGAAGUCACUUCGAUCAGAUCACAG